ACGACUAGACAUAUAUUUGGCUGGUCGUGUUAAAAACCGAACCGACAUUUUCGGGAAGCCACGCGCUUCUUCUUCCGUGCCGGAAUAAUCCGAGCUUCUUCUUCUUCUUCGUGGCUUAUUGCUGCAUUGCGUAAUCGUUACCUAUACCGUAAGGGUGUUGUGUGCAAUUGCAUCGUGUUUUUUGGUUUGAGUUAAGUUUGUCGAAGAAAAGAUGGAGACGUCCAUCAGUCGAAUCUAUUCGGAAUUCUCGUUUCAUUUCGUCAGUGUUUAUCAACGAGUUGUCCAGUUUUACGGAUGGUGCAUGAGCCGGGCAGAUCCACGAGUAGCCAAAUGGCCGCUGAUGGCGUCUCCUGUUCCGACAUUGCUCAUCGCCAUGGCCUACCUCACGUCCAUCUAUUACGGAAGGCGGUUCAUGGCCAAAAGGAAACCGUUUUCCAUACGUGGUAUCCUGAUACCUUAUAAUCUGGCCAUGGCGCUACUCAAUCUCUACAUUGGACUUGAGCUGGCUGUGACGCAACAUCGCAAGCAAUACAAUUGGCUCUGUCAACCCGUCAAUUACUCUGAGGAUCCCGAUGAAAUUAGGAUCGCGUCGGCAUUAUGGUUUUACUACGUCUCUCGCCUGGUUGAAAUGCUGGACACCAUCUUUCUGGUGAUGCGAAAAAAGUGGCAGCAAUUGACUUUUCUGCACGUGUACCACCACUCGACAAUGUUUAUGCUCUGGUGGAUUGGUGUGAAAUGGGUUCCCGGCGGAUCAGCGUUCUUUGCAGCCAUGGUCAACAGUAUUAUUCAUGUUGCCAUGUACCUGUAUUAUGCCUUGUCUGCUUGCGGUCCCAAGGUCCAAAAGUAUCUCUGCUGGAAGAAAUACCUCACUAUUCUCCAAAUGGCACAAUUUGUCUCAGCGUUGGUUCUAGGUGUGAGAGCCCUGAUUUACGGCUGUGACUUCCCUCUCUGGAUGCAGUAUGCCUUGGUGGUGUACAUGUCAUCAUUCCUCUUCCUCUUUGGCCAAUACUACAGAAAUGCUUAUCUUCUAAAGAAACAGGUUUGUUGGUGUGAGAUGUUUCAGGAUGUUCUCGGGCGAUCCCAGUGACCGUCUGAUUGGACGGCAGACAAAUCACCUUCAGAGUAAUCUUUUUCGGCCCCAUGAAAUCCCCUUAACAGUAACAAAAAAAGUGUAACAUUUAAUGAAUCCAUUUCACUUUAAAUAAUGAU